AUGCCGGGCAAGCUGGACACGACAGAGGCAGACAAGAGAACCCCAAAGUCCAUCAUCAUCUACCGCGGCGAUGUCGGCGUUCACGUGCGCUCGCUGAUGCACGAGUGGCGUAACGUCUUUCUCCCGUGGAGCAGCAAGAAGCUGCACGGCAAGAACAAGUCUCUGAAGGACUUCCUCGCCGUAGCCGCCACCUUCAGCGCCUCGCACCUGCAGCUGUUUACGGCCCCGUCACAGGGGACAUCACUGCGCAUCAUGCGCUUCUUCAACGGUCCCACGCUGUCGUUUCGCGUGUUGAGCUUCACCCUUCACAAGGAAAUCGUCGCCAAGCAGCGCCGCCCCGUGGCAGUCGACCGGGCCGCGUGGGAAGUGGCGCCGAUCGUCGUGCUCAACAACUUCACGCACCCCGACCUGGCGCACCGCGCGGAGGUGCCGCUACUGACGGCCACGUUCAAGGCGCUGUUUCCAUCGCUCAACGUGCAGACGAUUCAGAGCAGCGAAAUCCAGCGCAUCUGUCUCUUUCACUACGACCACGUUGAGCACGUGGUGGAGGUGCGGCACUACUACGUGAACGCGCGCACCGUCGGUGUCACCAAGACAGUAAAGAAGCUCUUAGAAAACCGACGCCCCACCAAGCUAGGUACGUUGGAGAGCAUAGACGAGGUGCUAGACCGCGAGGACGCCUGGUCAGACACGGACGGUGAGGGAGAGGAAGUGCCGCUUGCGCAGCCCUUCCGCCAGCAUCGAGAGCAGUGCCGCGUGAAGCUGCAGGAGAUCGGUCCGCGCAUGACGCUGCAGCUGAGCAAGGUCGAGAACGGCUUUGCCGGCGGUGAGGUCAUCUACCACCGCACCGAGAAGAAGACGCUGCGCGAGGUGCAGGUGAACGCGUCGAAGGUGCGCGCACGCAAGACGGAGAAGGCGAAGCGACGCGUCCUGCAGGAUGAGAAUGUGCAGCGCAAGCGUCAAAAGCGCGAAGACAAGCUCGAGCGCAAGCACCAACGUCGCGAGGCAGCCGCCGAGGCGCAGCAGGCGAACCCAUUCGAGGUAGCACACGGGGACGGCGACGGAUACGCCGCUGGAGACGAACAAUGA